UCACACAGUACUCUCACAGUCACUGGCUGCCGAAAAACAAAACGACGCGUUGCUGCUGUGAAAGAAAAUACGAAAAACAUCCAAGGUCUUGGAAAUGUUAAUUUAAAAACAGGAGUAGCACGAUCUUAGCUUCCGAUAACACCAGCCACUACGUGUGAGUGGCGGAAGUAUCCAGGCAAGCUGAUCUUAAAGGAGUACAACAAAUAACCUGAGCAAGUAGUACAGUGUAGUAGUAUUAUUAUUGUUAUAUUUCCUGUAAUUGAAACAAAGCUUUUAAGAAAAAUGUCAACCAUCAACCAGAAAAUGUCACUUAUCCAGUCAACAGCGGGAGCUGUGCCUGUCAAAAAUGAAAAAGGUCAAGUUAGUAUGCAGAAAGUGAAAGUAAAGCGCUAUGUAUCAGGCAAAAGACCGGACUAUGCGCCAGACUCUAGCGAUGAAGAAGAUGAAGAUCUUGAAGUACCUUUCAGUCGUCAGCAACGUAAAGCACCUGUACAGAUGAGUAGAUCAAUUGCUGAAGAAGAGGACCCACGUUUGCGACGAUUAAAAGAACAUCGGCAAGACAUGGAAGAUGAAGAUGAAGACGAUAGAAUUUCAAGACAUAGACAUAUCAUGGAGCCAGAAAUAGUUGAAGAAAGUGGUGAAGAAAUGGAAGAGGAUGAAGAUAGUGAUGAUGUUGGACGUAGGGUUCGCAUCAGACCGGAUGAAGAGAGCAGCUCUGAUGAUGAAGAACUAGAAGAGGAUGAGAUAGAAAAACGUAGAUCUUUGAUGAGAAUGCGGGCUCAGGAAAGAGCACGUGAGCAGAUGCAGGAAGAGCUGCUAGAGAAGGAGGACGAAGGUUCGGAAAAAGAAGAAUUGAUGUCAGAAUCGUCAGAAUAUGAAUCCUACUCAGACUCGGAGGACGAGACUGGACCUAGGUUAAAGCCAGUUUUUGUUGCAAAAAAAGACCGUGUGACAGUCCAAGAACGAGAGGUUGAGGCUCAGAAAAUAAAGGAAUUGGAGUUGAAAGCCAAGAAACUUGCAGAAGACAGAAAGCUAGAAUCCCUAAGGUUGAUAGAGAGUGAAGCCCGGCGAGAGCUUGAAGAAUCCGAGAAUGUUAGCAAAGAUGCUUUUGAAUUGAAUGCCAUCGUUACGGAUGACGAGAAUGAUGAAGAAGAAUAUGAGGCCUGGAAAGUAAGGGAGUUAAAGAGAUUGAAACGAGACAAGGAAGAAAAAGAACAGAGAGAGAAGGAGCAGCAAGAAGUAGACAGACUACGAAAUAUGACAGAAGAAGAAAGAAGGAAGGAGCUCCACAACAAUCCUAAAACGAUCACUAAUAAAGCAGAUAAAGGACGCUACAAAUUUUUACAGAAGUAUUACCAUCGUGGUGCUUUCUUCAUGGAUGAAGAAGAAGGCAUAUUUAAGAGGGAUUACUCCAAGGCUACACUAGAUGACCACUUUGACAAGACAGUUCUACCAAAGGUUAUGCAGGUAAAGAAUUUUGGCCGGUCUGGCAGAACCAAGUACACCCACUUACUGGAUCAGGACACAACACAAUUUGAUUCGCCUUGGAACUCAGAUAGCGUUAUUGGAAGAAAAUUUCAGAACUUGGCUGGUGGGAUGAAGCAGUCGUUUGGGAAACCAACGAGCAAGAAAUCCAAGGACUCGAGUACAUGAGGCAGUUGCAAUGGACAAUGCCCUUGUGGAUCUGUGCUCUCUUAUUUGUUGAGCAUUUGUAGGAAGGACUGUAUAGCCUUAAUAUCAACUAUUUAACAGCUUUCUGAUACUGUAUUGUGAUUAAAAUGAUACAAGCCAAGAAUUCCUGAUCAUAUCUAAUUGAUAAAGAUUUAUUCUUACAGUGGUGGAUGCAGGUAUUGGAAAUAGAGGGGCCGGGUUACACAAUUUUAAGGCACUGUUUGUUUUUUUCAUAACCAAAUUUUAUAAUUUUCAGAAAGUUUGGGGCCCGGGCCUCCUACAACACUGUAUCUGCCCCAUCUUUUUUAUGUGGGUGGAUGAAUUCACCAGUCGUGUGUAUAUUGGAAGUAGAGUUUAUGAUGCAGCAGUCAUCUACAGAGGCAAUAGAUCAGUCAGCAAGGAAUGACACCAGCUUACUGAUUUAUUUCAGCUGUUUUGUCACUGCACUCGAUAAAGUGCAAGUAUUGUUAAGGAAGCGAACAAUCAUGAGUAACAUGAUGUUGCAGAAGUUUCCAAUUUUGAAAAACACAAUUGAUGGCAUUUGCAUUAAAUUAUAUCAACUAGUGUUUUGAUAAUAA